CUCAUGCCUCAGUGCCAUGAUAAUAUAUCGAGUUUUCAAUCUUUAUAAUAACAAUUUGUCGUAGAUCGAACUGGAAUAACGUGAUAUUACGGGCAUUAUUUCGUGAUUUAUUUAAUAAUUUUUCCCCUUUCAAUAUAAUUUUGGAAAAAGAUAUAUAUAUAUAUAUAUAUCUCUAUGUCAAUGAACAUUUUACCCUUCGGCGCUGCGUUGUCUCUCCGCUGCGGGGACAUUCGUCAACGUUACGAAACUUGCGGAGUGCUAAAGGUUAAAUUAGAAAUGCCGGUACCUCUCGUGACCAGUUGAAAACUACGCGUGACGUUGGUUCCAAUCAGACUGACAGUUAUUUGUGGAAUACGUUGGCAAGUAAUGUAUAAUUGAUUACAAGGAUAAAACCAGCAACACGUGUGAGAUUUCGGAAAUAGAUCAAGUUGUUUAUGACUUAAGAAUGGAGAAUCGGUUACAUAUACUCGUAUACAAAAGCAGAUCAAUUUUUGACAAUCUUAUUGUCACGCCUUAUGCAGUGACUGAAUAUGCAAAGAAAUAUAAUACAACUGAAGAAGAAAGUAAAGGAACUAUUGAAAGCAAUUAUCUAACGGAGCAUUCAAAGUUGAUACAAUUAUGUUUGAGACGUAAAGGAUUUAAUGCAUACCUUUUGUCAGCUUAUAUAAAUGCUUUAAAGCAUUCCAAGAAAUAUCGUCAAUCCGCUGUUAUUGUUCUAUUACAAUUUUGUAAGUCACAUGCAGUUGAAAGUGACAAUGCAGUGAUUUUAUUGAAACUAUGUAUUCCAAAGCAACAAUUCUUGGAUUAUAAAUGGAAUGAAAGAAUGGUACAAAUGGCAAUGGAAAGAAGAGAACUAGAUUAUAUGAUGUCUUGGUUGUCAACAUUCGGAGGGGCAUACUCUGCAUUAGGAGACGAUGUCACAUAUUGUGCAGAAGUUGCUGGAAAUAUUUCAUUGCGACAGUUCCAGCUGGCCCUUCGUUUAGGGGAUCCACUUUUGGUUGCUCAGUGCAAAUUGUAUGCUGCUUUAAGUUUGAUUCAACGCGGAUACUUAAAAGUAGCAAAGAGAUUAAUUCAAAAUAUAUUUCAAUUUUCUAUUAAUGAAAAAAAUACGCGAUUACAGAACAUGUGCAAAGGAGUUUGGGCAAAACUUCAGUAUAAGCAUAAACUGAUAUUACAAGUAAAACAUUCUCAAUAGCAUAUAGUGCCUAGUUGACCUGUGGUAUUCAGUUCAACAUAUCAAUCUUUGUAUAUUUGUAAAUAAAUUGCAUUAUAACAGU